CAGUGUCAAUCCGGGAACGUCGUGAUCGUAACGUGAAAUAAUGAAUUUUGUUAUUUUAGAAUAUGGGUGAAUAUGUGCAAUAAUUUAUUAUACUUUUAUGUGCAAAGUGUUGUGUUUUAAUUGUAUUAGUGUUAUUUAAGUGCGAAAAUGACCUCGGAUAAAAUUAAAGUCGCCGUUCGAGUCCGUCCUUUUAACAGGCGAGAACUCGAACUAGGAACACAAUGCGUGGUGGAAAUGGAGAGUCAGCAGACGAUACUGCAGUAUCCACAGUCUGCCCACGAGAAAGAAAGGAAACAACCAAAGACGUUCGCAUUCGACCACUGUUUCUACUCGCUGGACCCGUCCCUGCCGCACUUCGCCUCGCAGAAGACUGUGUUCGAAUGUCUAGGCAGGGACAUACUCGACAAUGCGUUCGACGGCUACAACGCUUGCAUUUUCGCAUAUGGACAGACAGGUUCCGGCAAGUCGUACACGAUGAUGGGCUCCCCGGGGGCGGAUGAGGGCGGCAUCAUACCGCGGCUCUGCGACGCGCUCUUUGAAAGAAUCGCGAGACAGCAGACGCCGCCUACGCUCACCUACAAGGUGGAGGUGUCCUACAUGGAGAUCUACAACGAGCGCGUGCACGAUCUGCUGGACCCGGAGACGACGCGGCGGUCACUGCGCGUGCGCGAGCAUGCUGUGCUCGGUCCGUAUGUGGACGGACUGUCGCAGCUUGCUGUUACAUCCUUUCAAGACAUAGACAACCUGAUGACGGAAGGCAACAAGUCCAGAACAGUGGCAGCGACCAACAUGAACAGCGAAUCAUCACGUUCGCAUGCAGUGUUCAGUGUGGUGCUGACACAGACGUUGUGCGACGCGGCCACCGGCGUCACAGGAGAGAAGGCGGCGCGGCUGUCGCUCGUGGACCUGGCCGGGUCGGAGCGAGCGGUAAAGACCGGCGCCGUGGGAGACAGGCUGAAGGAGGGGUCGAAUAUAAACAAGUCACUAACAACCCUCGGUCUGGUAAUAUCGAAGCUGGCAGAUCAAUCGUCGGGCAAGACGAAUAAGGACAAAUUCGUGCCGUACAGAGACUCUGUACUGACGUGGUUGUUGAAAGACAACCUCGGAGGGAACAGUAAAACUGUUAUGGUGGCAACAAUAUCACCAGCAGCCGACAACUACGAGGAGACACUGUCCACGCUGCGCUACGCCGACAGAGCGAAGAGGAUAGUGAACCACGCGGUCGUGAACGAGGAUCCGAACGCGCGCAUCAUCCGCGAGCUGCGGCAAGAAGUGGAGGCGCUCAAGGAGAUGCUCAAAUACGCCACGGUAGUGCCCGGUGGCUCGCCGGUCGGGGAGGACGUGCACGAGCAGCUCGCGCAGAGCGAACACCUCAUGAAGGAGAUGUCCAGGACCUGGGAGGAGAAGCUCGUGGAGACAGAACGAGUCCAAAGCGAACGUCAGCACGCGUUGGAGAAGAUGGGUAUCAGCGUGCAGGCGAGCGGCAUCAAAGUGGAGAAGAACAAAUACUACCUGGUCAACCUGAACGCUGACCCCUCGCUUAAUGAACUUCUAGUCUACUAUUUAAAGGAGCGAACACUAGUCGGCGCGGACAGUUCGGCCGACAUCCAGCUGUCAGGUCUGGGCAUACAGCCGCAGCACUGCCUGCUACUGGUGGAAGGCGGCGGGCUGCACAUGGAGCCGGUGGGCGCGGCGCGGUGCUUCGUCAACGGCACGCCGGUCGUGUCCCGCGUGAGGCUCGGCCACGCUGAUAGGAUACUGUGGGGCAACCAUCACUUCUUCAGGGUCAAUUGUCCGAAGGCGACUGCGGCAGCGUCAGAACCACAAACUCCUGCCCAGCCCAUAGACUACAACUUCGCGCGUGACGAGAUCAUGCUAAACGAGCUCAGCAACGACCCCAUACAGACCGCCAUAUCACGACUGGAGAGACAGCACGAGGAGGACAAACAAGUGGCGUUAGAGAAACAGCGGCAGGAGUACGAAAGACAGUUCCAACAGCUUAGAAAUAUAUUGUCGCCGUCGACACCCUAUCCGCCAUACUCAUACGAUCCGUUGAAGCUUGGUAAAAUGCCGGCGUGCACGCCCACGACGGCGGCGCGCGUGGAGCGCUGGGCGGCCGAGCGCGACGACACCUUCAAGCGCUCGCUCGGCCGCCUCAAGGCAGACAUCCUGCGCGCCAACGCGCUCGUGCAGGAGGCCAACUUCCUCGCCGAGGAGAUGCGCCGCAACACGCGCUUCAGCGUCACGCUGCAGAUACCGCCGCAGAACCUCAGCCCCAACAGAAAGAUGGACGAAAAUGGGCGCGUGUGUUGGAGCGGGCGAGGAGCAUUCGUGUCAGAGCCUGCGAUCAUGGUGAAGCGUCCCGGACGCGGCGGGCAAGUGUGGUCCAUGGAGAAGCUCGACAACAAACUAGUGGACAUGCGCGAGAUGUAUGACGAGUGGCGCCGUCGGCAGCAGCGGGGAGAGGAGGAACUAGAUCAGGAGCUGAACGAGAAAACCCUGGACCCGUUCUACGAAUCGCAGGAGAACCACAACUUGAUCGGAGUCGCGAACGUGUUCCUCGAAGCGUUGUUCCAUGACGUCACGCUGGACUAUCACACGCCGAUCAUUAGUCAGCAGGGAGAGGUGGCUGGGAGGUUACAGGUGGAAAUAAGUCGAGUCGCCGGACAGUUUCCGCAAGAUAGAAUCUGUGAGGCGGCGUCAGACAGUUCUGGCGACAUGAGAGAUGACGACGAUCCUGCAGAUGCAGCUACGCAACAGGUGACCAUCCGCGUGGUGAUCAAGCAAGCGACAGGCCUUCCACCCUCCCUGUCGCAUUUCGUGUUCUGCCAGUACUCGGUGUGGGGCGCGAUGGGCGGCGAGCCGGUGGUGGUGCCGCCGCACGUCAGCGCCGACACGCCGCCGCCCGCGCCCCUCACCACCCCACCGCCAGCCUCGCCGCGCCACCAGCCGCAAGUCACCUUCCGCUUCGACCACCGACAAGACUUCACUAUACCGCUCACUGAGGAGUUUAUCGAGCAUUGUGCUGAGGGCGCUUUAUCAAUCGAAGUGUGGGGCCAUCGGUCCGCGGGGUUCAGUCGCGCGCGCGGCAACUGGGAGGUGGAACAACAGCAGCUCGCCAAGGCGCGCUCCCUCGCCGACCGCUGGGCCGAGCUCACGCGCAAGAUCGAGCUCUGGGUCGAGAUACACGAGCUCAACGACCAGGGAGAGUACGCGCCCGUUGAGGUACUCCCGCGCAGCGAUAUGGUGACGGGCGGCGUGUACCAGCUGCGUCAGGGUCAGCAGAGGCGCGUGGCCGUGCGCGUCCGUCCCGCGCACAACUCUGGCACGCUGCCAAUCAUUUGUCAACAUAUCGUCAGCGUCGAGGUCGGCUCCGUUACCGUCAGAUCGCGUCUGCAGAAGCCAUUAGACUCUUAUCAAGAGGAGGACCUUGCCGUGCUGCGAGAGAGGUGGAGCGACGCGCUCGCUCGUCGGCGACAACAUCUACAUGCUCAGCUGCAAAAAUUGGUGAACAUGUCGCCAUCGAUGAAGAGUGAGCGGGAUAUGGAACGAGAGCAAUCGCUAGUCGAACAGUGGGUCUCACUUACUGAGGAAAGGAAUGCUGUGCUUGUACCGAGUCCGGGGAGUCAAAUCCCGGGCGCGCCGGCCGCGUGGAAUCCGCCGGCUGGAAUGGAACAACAUAUACCGGUUCUGUUUCUUGAUCUCAACGCGGAUGACCUGACGACGCAUCCCAGCGGCGAGGAGGUGACCGUGGCGGGGCUCCACUCCAUCCUGCCCAAGGAGCACGGCAACAAGUUCUACGAGCUCCACAUACUGCAUCAUCACGACAAGGACGUCUCGGCGAUUGCCAGCUGGGACUCCUCCAUUCACGACUCGCAAUAUCUCAACCGGAUCACUGAAGCUAAUGAACGCGUGUACCUGAUCCUGAAGACGACCGUGCGCCUGUCUCACCCGGCACCGAUGGAUCUCAUACUUAGGAAACGAUUAGGUUUAAACAUUUACAAACGACAGAGUCUCACAGACAGGAUACGCAAGAAAAUCGUUAGGACUGAUCAGCUGACUCACACGGGCGUCACGUACGAAGUCGUGUCGAAUAUCCCCAAAGCUUCAGAAGAAUUGGAAGAGCGCGAGAGUUUGGCUCAGAUCGCCGCCACCGGGGAAGAGGCUAGUGCCGCUGACGGCGAGACUUAUAUCGAAAAAUACACACGAGGCGUCAGCGCAGUUGAGAGUAUACUCACUCUAGACCGCCUGCGCCAGAGCGUGGCGGUCAAGGAACUGGAGCAGGCACGCGGCCAGCCCAUCACAAUGCGCAAGACCGCUUCAGUACCAAACUUCUCACAGAUCAUGCGGCUGGACUCGUCGUUCGAGUCGCUGGCGGGGCUGUCGGGCGCGCGCUCGGGCAGCGUGGCCGACCUCGCCGACGAGCCGCCGCGCCGCGCCGCGCACCGCCACUCCUACGCCGCGCCCGCCAUCUCCGACGCAGACAUCGCCACGCCCACCAAACCCUUCGGACUCGCUCGGCCAACGUUCCUAAACUUGAAUUUGAACCUCAACUCACUGCGACUGCAGACGCCGAACAAGUCGUCUCCCGCGAGCGGCAAGCUGGGCCUGCGCAUGACCACCCUGCACGAGGAGCCCGGCCGCCGGAACGACGACGACUCGCAUUCCGAGCCAGAGUCCGCGCCCGCAGACGACACGCCGCGGUCGCAUCGCACGCGCUCCAGAGCGUCGUCACGGGGAUUCCUGCCGGCGUCCAAGACGUUGGACUCGUUGCACGAGCUCGCCUGCGAGCGCCUUCCCACCAAGAAUUCGCCAUCCAUAUCCUCCAGUGGAUACGGUUCGCAAGCAGUCUCGUCAACUAACCUGACGAACGAUGACACGCUGUCAAUCCGCAGCAUGUCAGUCGACGACACGCCGGACUUUGAUAAAACAAUGGACUACACAAACCUCACCCGAACUAAAAACUCCAUGGCUGGCCUCAGGAACGAAAUAACCGAACUGAGGAACGAUAUCAACGACCUCAAGAAUGAUAUCGUCGAGUCAAAGAACGAGUUGGACGACACGACGUACGCUAAAACACCAGUUUUGACUCCCGGCUCGAGGAAUCGGAUUAAUCCCUUCUUGAGGGAUUGUGAGGAAGCUGCUAAAGAAGAGGAGACGAAGAAUCAGUUGCUGGACCCGCUCGGGGCGAUCCCGGUCGAGAGUUCGGUGUUACCUAGUCAGAAGAGCGUGGAGGCAGUUCAAGUCAACGGAGAGUCACAACAUGAGAGUGUUUAUGCGGGUGAGGCGGACGCGGAUUCAGUGAGCUCGGGCCAGUCGAGCGCCACGCGGAGCCGCUCGGCGUCCAUGGCCGGCGACAGCGAUAGCACCGACCACGCCGCCGACCGCAGUGACCACGCGCUCUCCGGCGACCACUCCAACGAACACACGGUCAAGACACAUCUUCCUGCCGGGAAGGUGGUGCGGCGACGUGCGGGAGGCGGCGCGAGCGCGCGCGCGGCGGCGCGGGCGUCGUUCCCGGGCGCGCGUGCGCGGUGCGCGCCCGACUCGCCGCACAACACCUCGCUGCCGCACGCGCUCGCCGACACGCCCGCCUCCUCCACCGAAAGGAUCGGCGACGACGAGUCGCUAGAGAACUUGCCCGAGUGGAUGACGGUGGGCGAGAGCGUGCAGCUGCGGCUGAGCAAUAGCACCGGCGUCAUCGCGUACGCGGGGCCCACACAUUUUGCGCCCGGACUUUGGAUCGGCGUCGAAUUAGAUGCGCCCACCGGCAAGAACGACGGUUCAGUAGGCGGGUCGCGGUACUUCAGCUGUCGCGCGCGGCACGGCAUCUUCGUGCGCGCCGACAAGCUCGCGCACGACCGCCGCGGCCGCAGCGCACGCGCCUACCGACACAACCAGAAGGGUGAAGGCCUACAGAACUUACACAGAUCGCGGAGUCGCGGCGACAGUAUAAACGCCGUCGGCACCAAGACACGGAGCAAAUAGACGCGCGUCGACCUCCAGCCACCCCACACAGAACCACUCUCACACCGUUCGCGCUCACACGUAGCGAGCUGAUCGGACCGAAUUUAAUGUGAAACGUCCACGAACCAGUUUGUAUGAUAAACACCCGCCCUCACCGCCCCGUCCCUUCCCCCGUUAUGUUGCAGUCUUGUAACGCGUAUGGUGCUUUAUAUGUAUUGUAAUUCGUUUUGAGCCGGCGCACGCGUCGGUGAUGCAAUAUCGUGUACUUUGUUAUGCGUAUUUUUAGCUACUCGAGUGAAUGCAUCCGACAGUUUUUGUGAUUAUUGUUUUGUAUUUUGUUAAGCUUAACAUGGGUAUAUCCAACUUGUAAGUUGAGGCGAUUGAAUAGAAAAAUGAUUUUCAUCUAAUGUUAGAUGUUUAGUAAUGUGAAGUUGUAUGUAAUGUCGAUGAUUACGUGAGCCCUGCCGGUCUUGAUAUAUUUCGGAUGUGUUCAUUCGUUGUAUUUUACCGUUUGACACUUAGACUAUUACUCUUACAGUGCAAUGAGAGGGGAAACAGGCUCAUCUCUCAUUUAUUGACUUACUCAAUACAAUGACGCAGAUGAUACUUAGCGUUUCCAAAAAUAUCGAUACUUAGACAUAACCUACCAUUUACAUUUUUUAUUAGUUGACUCAAUGAAUUGGUUAUUUGUAAAUAAAAUGAGACCGUUAAUUGUGAUUUAAUUGUUUGGUUUCGAUGUAAAUAUGUGAUUUUAUGUGUGUUUGUGUGUUAUUAAUUUAAUGAUUGAUUAUUUAGAACCAAUGCAUUUGUUUUUUUUUUUUUGAAUCGGUGAUACGAAUCGUGUUAAAAAUUAAUCAUGUUUAUGUAUAGUUUCGUAUAAUUGCAAUAUUUUAUGUGUUGUAAGGUUUCCUCACUUGUUGUGUGAAAUCUGUAAUUGUGGUAAAUGUGAUAGUAAUUUUUGACGCGCUUACAACGCCAUCGGCCCGCAACGGUGUCCGUGACCUCUUGAAUUGAGGAGAUUCGCGGCCCAGUUCACCGCGGCUUAUACUGUGCAUUUUUUCAAAUUCGUAUUCCUAUAACUGCUCAGAUGUUUUUGACACACGUUUGCCAGUUUUAUAACGAUUGUGAUAGUCUCUUGCCACGCGAUCGUAGUUACUAAAAUUUUUUUCGGCGCUUGCUCUUUGCCCCCCCCCCCCCCAAUUUUUUAUGUACCGAAGUAGGUAGUGGCGUAACGGUAUAGCGAGGGACCAUUAGCGCCACUUUUGGAUCAGUUUUUCCGUUUAAUAAUUGGAAAAUUUAAAUUAUAUAAACAUUUGUACUUUAAAAUGUUAGUGAAUUUUUAAAUUUAGAUAUUUAAACAAAAUUGUUGGAAUAAUUUAAUGAAAUAAAUAUUGUAGAAUAAUUGUAAUAGACUAAUUUGCUCAGUCUCCGCGAGUUACGCCACUGGUGUAGUAUUACGAAAUCGUCCAGUUAUGAUACAUCUUCGUCCUUAUAAAAGACUUUUGUACUUAGUACAUACAACACCAUUCGCGACAUAACACACUGUCCAACCGACAUUGACGUUUCCGUUCUAACGUAUUAGUGAUAAGCGAGAGAUCAUUCUUGACUUCAUUUUCUAGGUGAUGCAAGUCUCGAGUCGGAUUUGACUAUACUGCCAAAUAUUUCGCAAUACGUGUCUUUGUAGUGACGUAGACUUAAUCAAAUAUUUAAAUUCUAUGUACUGCUUCCGGCUCUUGACUAUCGACAUCGCGUACUUUUUUUUUUGAAAUCUACUUUUUAAUUUUGUAUCAUUGUACUAUCUCUGCAUUUAAUAGCAUUUCCUUUCGUAUGUUCUCGCUUAUUACUACUACUAUACAUAAUAUAUCACUUAGGUUGUGUAGGUAUGUUCGAUAAAAUAUAUGUGCAAAAACGAUGUUACAUAAAAAUCUAAAAAAAACAUAAAAAUGUCCUUUACUUAAUAUCUCCAUCCACAUUUGAACAAUAAAGCCAGACGUCUACUGUAAUUAGCGGAACAAGUCUGUUUCUCAAAUGGUUAUGAGAAUAAAAUACGUGUUUGAAUAUUGUCUAAUUUUGGUAUUAUAUCAGAAUAAUGUAGCGGCAUAGAACGCGUUUCGUGAUUGGCGUGUGCAGUAUCGAACACUUGUGACGUCACACUAAUAGUACGACUUUUGAUGCUGUAUGCGUGAUCAUCUAUUAGGGAAAGUCCACGAUGCCCGCUCCACGGUAAAGUGGCAGCGUUUAGUCUAUAGCUCACCUAAUGUAUAUUCCAUCCUUAUAGUAAAUUUAAGUACACUAAACGAGUACACAAAAUAGUAUAAAACGCCUACAUUUACUAGUGUUUGUAAGUUUUACUUUCAGCGAUCAUUGUAGCCCGCCACUUGCCCUCAUUCCUGUAUACAUACUGUAUAUUUACAUUAAAGUGUAAGUGGUUAUUAUAAAAAAAUGUUAUCAAAAAUAUUAAAUGCCUGUUUCAAAGUAUGCACUCGAGGAUUUAAUGCCAAUUUAGUGUGGCUGCAAUUUCGCUGCGAGAGUUGCGUUCUGUGCGCUAUCGAUAACAAUAUAUAUCGAUUAAUAAUCAAUUCGAUUAUACGUGUUAUUCGAUACUUACCGACAUGGUUUAUUUUUGUGUGUAAUGCGUCGAGGCCCAACUCCCGCACCGGACUCUCGGCCUAAAUGUAAUUUGUAAGCAUUGACUGACAUCAUAUUUGUCACACGUAAAUAGAUUUAACACGAUUAUACAUUUUAUCGAAUGCUUAUUAGACUGUCGUACUUAAUACAUUCCAUUUUUUCUAUACAUUUAUCUAGCAAACAUUUCAGUAGUUCAUAUCUUUCGAUUAGUUAGAUUUUUAAACGACAGAUGCGACUUAUUUUGCAUUUUUAAACUUUGAACGUUAAAGUAUAGAUCAGUAUGUAAAAUCUGGCCCUAACUAGGACAGCUCAAUGUGUAGUCGACGUUAAAAAUGACGUAUUUUCAAAUAUUGUAGGAUGUGUGUUUGAACCUCUCGAUGUGCUUAUGUCCAGUAGCUAGUCGGGCGGCGGCCCUCGGACGGACCGUCGGAUGGACCGUCGGGCGGACCGUCGGGCGGACCGUCGGGCGGCGCCGGUAGGCACGGCGCGAGAACAGAGUGGCGGACUGUGCACUAGGGCUCCUAGAUUUAGGCUAUAGUCACCUUAAAAGCAGCGUCUCGUAGCUCCUAAUUUAAUUUAUUAGAAACUAAGCUGACAAUGUGCUGUGCUUUUGUUUUAAACAAAUAGUAUAUAGGUAAAUGAAAUUAUAUGUUUGAUUAUUUUUUAUUACAAUUUAGUUGUUUUUUUUUUGUAUUUAUUGCAAUGAUAAUACGAGCUUUUAACGAUGUAAUUUAAUUUUAUGGAACUGUACGUAAGAUUGGUUUUAGCGUAGCGGAUAAGUUUACUUUGCCAGAUUGUAAAAAUAGAUCACAAAUGAAAUAUAAAUGUAUUUCUAAUUCUUUUUAAUUGUGAUAAGGCGAUUAUAGGGCAGCUACUUGAUAGUAUAGAUGGUUGCAUCUUCAUCAUUGUACACAUAAUGCAUAAUAAAGAGAUUUUAAUAUUUAAAUAACUGAAAUAGAUCACUUCUUUAGUGGAGAUAUUUUUGCCAAGUAGCGUAUUCGAGUCAACCAUCGCUGUCAUUAUCAAUAAAUGUAUUAUAAAAUA